AUGAAUGACGAGGGCCAAGACAAAAUAGUACAAGACAUACGUAUACAACUACGAAAGGCUGUCACAGAAUUGUCACGAUGGAAGAUGUACGGCUCCUCAAAGUGGGCAGCGGAGGCACUAGUGGGGCUCGUCGAACCUAUGGAUGUCGAUCAAUCACGGUCCUUAAUGGAUGAAUCUCCACUGAGAAAUAAGCUAAGUGUACCGAAGCAAAGCUUUCAAAUACCACAAAACGGGUUUGGGCUAUCAGAGUCCGAGUACGAUCUCUACCUCCUCGGUUCUGCAUUAUUUGACGCUAAAGAGUUUGAUCGAUGUGUUUUUUUCCUAAAAGAUGUUUCCAAUCCAUAUCUGAAGUUUUUGAAAUUAUACAGUAAAUUUCUGUCAUGGGAUAAGAAAAGUCAAGAGAAUAUGGAAAAUGUCUUAACUACGGGGAAAUUUGCUGACGGAACGUACAGGGCUGAUAAAGAUGGUGAUGGUAAUGGUAAUGACGAUAUGAACCAAGGUGGACGUCAACGUAGCAAUUCUGGGAUGAUUACCAGUGAGCAUGAGACACAAUCAAAUAUAUCAUCGAUUUUAAAGGAGAUAAAUGCGUUUCUGGAAGUUUAUGAAGUGAAAAUAGACGAUGACGAGGCUGACUUGGGACUGGCGCUAUUAUAUUACUUACGGGGAGUUACGUUAAAACAGGAAAAAAACACUUCUAAAGCCAUGUCAUCUUUCCUGAAAUCUCUGAGCUGUUAUUCAUUUAACUGGUCCUGCUGGUUAGAAUUGAUGGACUGUUUACAGAAAGUCGACGAUGCAUUGCUUCUAAAUAAUUAUCUAUAUCAGAAUUUCCAAUUCAAAUCAUCAGAAAAUCUUGGUAGCCAGAGAACAAUAGAAUUUAAUAUAAUGAUCAAGUUUUUCAAACUGAAAGUAUUUGAAGAACUGAAUGGCCAAUUGGAAGAUUACUUUGAGGAUCUAGAAUUUUUGUUACAGGUAUUCCCCAAUUUCACUUUUUUGAAAGCAUAUAAUGCCACCAUUAGUUACAACAAUCUGGAUUAUGUUACCGCAGAAGGCCGAUUCGAUGACAUUGUUAAGCAAGAUCCAUACCGGCUUAAUGAUUUAGAAACAUAUUCGAAUAUUCUUUAUGUCAUGCAAAAAAAUUCAAAGUUAGCAUAUUUGGCCCAGUUUGUCUCUCAAAUAGAUCGGUUUAGACCAGAAACAUGCUGUAUCAUAGCUAAUUAUUACAGUGCUCGGCAAGAACAUGAAAAAUCCAUUAUGUAUUUCCGUCGAGCUCUAACAUUAGACAAGAAAACCACUAACGCAUGGACCUUGAUGGGCCACGAAUUCGUCGAACUAAGCAAUUCUCAUGCUGCGAUUGAGUGCUACCGUCGGGCAGUGGAUAUCUGUCCUCGAGACUUUAAAGCAUGGUUCGGAUUGGGGCAAGCCUAUGCGCUCUUGGACAUGCACCUAUACUCUCUUUACUAUUUCCAGAAGGCAUGUACAUUGAAACCAUGGGAUCGUCGGAUUUGGCAAGUGUUGGGAGAAUGUUACAAUAAAACAGGAAACAAACUCGAAGCUAUAAAAUGUUACAAGAGAUCCAUAAAGGCUUCACAAACGGUCGAUCAAAAUACUUCGAUAUAUUACCGAUUAGCACAACUAUACGAAGAACUUGAAGAUCUGCAGGAGUGUAAGAAGUUUAUGACAAAGUGUGUGGAUGUAGAAGAAUUUCUGGAAGGUGUAGUGACAGAUGAAACCGUUAAAGCAAGGCUUUGGCUGGCUGUGUUUGAAAUAAAAGCAGGCAACUAUCAACUAGCGUACGAUUACGCGAUGGGAGUGUCCAGCGGAACGUCUCAGGAGAUUGAAGAGGCUCGCAUGCUGGCUCGAGAGUGUAGAAGGCAUAUGUAA